CGCUACACAGCUUUGGCAACCCAAAGACAUGCUUCAUGUUUGGUAUGGUCAUGCUCGCUUAGUGCUGCUGGAUAAUUUUCGCAAAAAAAAAAAACAUGCUAAAUACGCUUAAUUUUAUUUUUACUGUUAUAAUAACACGGACUUUAGCAGGCUUAGCUGAUAUUAUAGUAGUACAGAGUGCCGCAGGAAUGAGUCCUAAAACCCGGAAGUCAGUGGGUUUUUUGAAUGGGUUUUUGGUUAAAUGCCUGACAUAAGGUGUGUGGUUAACACGGCUCAAGAUAUUUUCACGUUUUAUUAUAUGACAUAAAAUACAUCAGCAAUACCCCACUCGUGAUUUUUUAAAGCUUUUACGUGUCUUGAAAAAGGCGGUUGCUAACAAACCGCUAAACGGGACUACUGAGGUUGUCAUGGACAUUAAACGUCAUCACGCCGAACAGGAAAACUCAUCUACAACAAACGGAAUUUUCUCCAAAAUAAUGCAACAUGGACACAUUCUCAAAAAGGUGGGAGCAGAUUCAUCCACAAAAAGAGCCCAGUGGAUCCUUAUGAGGGAACAUGUUUUUUAAAAUAACGAUUAAAAGAGUUGUCGGAAGCUUAGUGGUGGUGACGUUGAAAUCAUGCGACAGUGGUGUAGUUCGUUUAGAGCUUAACUUUAGCAUUUUACUUCUGACGAUUGUAUUUAGGCUUCAAAAUUCAUAAAAGUGUGUUCAUUUGUGAUUUGUGUUUUGUUGGUCACAGAGCUUAUUUUCUGCAAUAAUCCAAAAGCCAGUGGAAAAAAUCCUACUGGCUUUUUGUCGAGGGAACCAGGGUGAUGCUCACUUCCGGGUUGGCCUACAGAAAUACGUCAUCCCUGCGGCACUCUGUAGCGGAGGAAACGAAACCUAAGAGGAUUAGUGGCUUGUGCUGCCUUCAAGUGCUAUCGGAAUUAUCGUAAAUACGAGUUUCCCACUAGGAGGUUGCACAAGAAUGACCCCUCAAGUCGUAAUUACGACUGGGAAACUCGGAGAUACCCGAGUUUUCGAGAUGGGAGGAGUCCUAAACUUUCACCAUGGCGGAGGAGAGAACGGUUUCUGUACUGAGUGGCAGAUUUUGUUCAUUUUUCUAAACUCAGCUAAUUGUUAGCGCUUGCCGUUUUGGUACUAUUUAUUUAUGUACUAUAUCAGCAACCAUUCUAUACAUGUUGUACAUUUUUACACCGUGAAAAUAGCUUGUAUUUGACCAAAAUUCCCUUAUUUUCAGCAAGCUAAAAAGAGGAUUAGCGGAUUAUGCUUCCUUCACGUGCUAUAGGAAUUAUCGUAAAUACGAGUUUCCCAGUAGGCAGUUGUACAUGAAUCACCCCACAAGUCGUAAUUACGACUGGAAAACUUUUGAUACGUGAGUUUCCGAGAUUAGACGAGUCUCCCUCUCCCUCUCUCUCUCUCUCUCUCUCUCUCUCUCUCUCACACACACACACACACACACACACACGAAUGAACCUGGCGUCGUCCAUGUUUUAUGUUGUUUCCGACAACAAAGCAUGUGAACACGACCGUAACUCGUAAUUACCAACCGCAGAAGUGGGUAGGACGAGAAUUCCGGGAGCACGUGAAGGCAGCAUAAAGCUUGGAAAGCGAAAGCGGUGUCGGAGCUCAGUGGGCUCGAGUAUGAUACAUUAGAGGGUGUUUUAGUGUGUUACUGCAAUGCGACCAGAAGAGCGGAGUUCUCCGUCCUCAGAGCUGUGCUGUGUCCUGUGUAAGAGGGCGGAUGAGACAAAAAUCACAGGCCCCCUGUCACGUAAACAGGGCAUUGCUGCCCACCAGAACUGUCUGCUGUAUGCAUCUGGAAUCUACUGUAAAAACUCUCCCACCUUUGAUGACCUGUUCGGCUUUGACGUGGAGGAUGUGUUAAACGAGUGUAAAAGAGGAAGAAAACUAAAAUGUUCCUACUGUAAGAAAAAUGGAGCUACAGCUGGGUGUGAGGUUAAAUCCUGUAAGCGCUCCUACCAUUACCCGUGUGCCCAUAAGGCUAGUGCAAAAUCUGAGGAGGACCAAAACAAGGGUAUCUUCAGGUUAUAUUGUGAAAAGCAUGAUCCAAAUGCCAGCAGUGGUGGUUCAGAAAAAGGAGAUGCUAAAAUAUUUCCUUCUACUUUUGGCUGUAGAAGCUCAGACACAAGCGAGCAGAACAGCAGUUGUGGGGGAUCUGAGCCCAACUGUACCCCCUUGCCAUGUCCUCCUGAGCCCAGCUGCUCUGUUGCGUCCUCCUCAACCAAGCUGCAAAGCCCUUCCUUCGUUCUGCUUUUCCCGCUGAGUGACUCUGAAACAUCUCUGAGAAGGUCACAGAAGAGGAAAAGGGAAUUUCUGGAAUCUUCUUCUGACUCAGAUGAAACUCAGAGCAUCAUUGAUCCGGUGUUUGCACCAGUAGAAUCAGAGCUUGAGGAUAACACACCUCCAAAGCAGAAUAUGCCAACACUUGACUCUGAAUAUAGAAGCAUAAACACCUUAUCUCUCACAGCAGGGACAAUAAGGAGCCAAGACAAGGAGUUGCUCCUAGUGAUGAUGAUGAUGAUGAUGAUGUGUGUAGAGAUUUGGUCUUUCAUGUCUCUUGCUCUCCCUAAGGAUUUUGAAUCCCAGAGUCUGUUACUAACAGAGUACCGCCAAGAGAAUGUGCCAUUCACUGUUAUUGCAGAUUCAGGACCUUCUGUUGAAUCAGUUGCAGAGAACAGCCCUGACCCCUGUUCCCCUGCUGCACCAAGCCCAGCAGACACUACUGUGAGUAACUUGGAUCAGUCUGUCUCUGCCCCUGAGCAGGCAGCAGCCCUUCACUCCAACAUCACCGUUCCACCAAACCCACCUGUGCCUGCCCGCCCAUCUCUCGACUCCCCUCCAUCCGGUGCCACCGGUGAAUCCUCCAGUGUCAAAGUAGCCUCGUCUGGAGACCUUCCUGCAGAGGUGGAACGUUGUGCAUCUCGGGACAUACCACCUUUACAAAUGACAGAUGAGCUACCAGGAUCUCAUGGAAAGCGUGAUGAUCAUCCAUUAGACCUUACAGCACCUGGCGUGGCACACGUUCAGUUCGGUGAACCUGUAGACCACGUGGGUGUGUCGAACUCCAGCGCUGCCCUCUUCUGGAGGAGAUGUAAUGAGGUGGGCUGCACGGAGGCCAUAUUCACACAGCUUACACGUCAGCUCACUAGCUUGGCUGAGAGGGUGCAGAAUCAGCAUGCCACACAACAGGACUACGCUGUCUCUCUCAGGAUACUGGAGGCAUCGGGGAAGCUCCCUGCAAUAUUCAAACAAAUGGAGCAAGACUUACAAGAUCAGGAAAGACAGCUGCAGAGAAAGAGAGAGGCAUUAAGGGAUGCAAAGGCAGCUCUUGACAAGAUCAACUUAUCUGAUGUUAAAUAAUAAUGAUUUUAUUAAUGAUUUUGAUGACUUUUUUAUUUAAAUUUUAUCCUAUAUGUAUUAUACAUUGUAUUUUUAUAUUUCUUAUGAAGUUUAUGUCAAGUUUAAAUACCUACUCAGCAUAUACUCAUGUAUUCUUAGUUCUACAAGUUUAAGCAUAUAUUACAGCUCUAUGAAUGGGCUCUGGUUACUCCAAGAAAAAAAUUUGCCUUCAAUUCUUUUAUUCAUCAUGAAAUUUCAUGAAAUAUUAUAGCCUUAGCUAGCCAUUAUGCAGUGUGUCAUUAGAUAUUGAUUAAAUUCCUCAGUGUAUCAUUUGUUUAUUUGUUAUUUUGUAUUUGUUUUAAUUACAAUUAUUUCCAAAGUAGUCCCUUC